AUGUGGCUCAGCGUCAUCACAACUUUCCUUUCCUUCGUAGCAGGUGCUUGCUCAGGGCUGAAAGUGACGGUGCCCUCACACACCGUUCAUGGCAUCAGGGGUCAGGCCCUCUACCUCCCCGUGCAUUAUGGAUUCCACACACCAGCAUCAGACAUCCAGAUCAUAUGGCUGUUUGAGAGACCCCACACGAUGCCCAAAUACUUACUGGGCUCUGUGAACAAGUCUGUGGUUCCCGACUUGGAAUACCAACACAAGUUCACCAUGAUGCCACCCAACGCAUCUCUGCUCAUCAACCCAUUGCAGUUCACUGAUGAAGGCAAUUACAUCGUGAAGGUCAACAUUCAGGGAAAUGGAACUCUCUCAGCUAGUCAGAAGAUCCAAGUGACCGUUGAUGAUCCUGUAACAAAACCAGUGGUGUGGACCCAGCCUUCCUCUGGAGCUGUGGAGUAUGUGGGGAACAUGACCCUGACAUGCCUCGUGGAGGGGGGCACCCGGCUGGUUUACCAGUGGCUAAAAAAUGAAAGGCCUGUCCACACCAGCUCCACCACCUCCUUUUCUCUGCAAAACAGUACCCUUCAUAUUGCUCCAGUGACCAAAGAAGAUAUUGGGAAUUACAGUUGCCUGGUGAAGAAUCCUGUCAGUGAAAUGGAAAGUGACAUCAUUAUGCCUACCAUAUACUAUGGACCUUAUGGACUUCGAGUUAAUUCUGACAAAGGGCUAAAAGUAGGGGAAGUGUUCACUGUUGACAUUGGAGAGGCCAUCUUAUUUUAUUGUUCUGCUGAUUCUUAUCCCCCCAAUACCUAUUCCUGGAUCCGGAGGACUGACAAUACAACAUAUGUCAUUAAGCACGGGCCUCGCUUGGAAGUUGCAUCUGAGAAGGUAGCCCAGAAGACAACUGACUAUAUGUGCUGUGCUUACAACAAUGUAACUGGACGGCGAGAUGAAGCUCAUUUCACAGUCAUCAUCACUUCUGUAGGACUGGAGAAGCUUGCACAAAAAGGGAAAUCAUUGUCUCCUUUAGCAAGUAUAACUGGAAUAUCACUCUUUUUGAUUAUAUCCAUGUGUCUUAUCUUCCUGUGGAAAAAAUAUCAACCCUACAAAGGCCAGAAACAGAAUACAGGAAAGCUCAAACAUUUUCAGGCCAUGAAGAUGCUCUGGAUGACUUCGGAAUAUAUGAAUUUGUUGCUUUUCCAGAUGCUUCUGUUGUUCCCAGGAUGCCAAGUAGGUCUGUUUCAGCCUCUGAUGGUGUAUCAGGACAAGAUUUGCACAGUACAAUUUACGAAGUCAUUCAGCACAUCCCUGCCCAACAGCAUGACUGUCCAGAGUAAGUAUGAACUUGCGUUUGGUGAUGCUAUUGUGGAGGGGCUAAGUAUUCAGCCCCAGCUUUCCCCAGAAUUUAUUGAAAGGCUCAGAAGAAAAAUACCAAAACAGGAAAUUGUAGCUUCUGUACAUUUGAAAACACUUCCCCAAUGGAAAAUAAUUCUAGGGGAAAAAAUAGACAAACACAAGUAUCUUCUAGGGUCGUGCACUUGGGCCAGUGGACUAGAUGCAGAGCUCUGGAAUCUAGCAUUUACCCCCGGUGAGUCUGGAUAUGAAAGAGAUUUUCAGGCCAGUUCUCAAGCCUGAUCAUUUUGGUUAUCUUGAUGAUUUUCCAAUGGCUGUGGUGAUUUUAGAGCCAAUGAUUUGUCACUGGGAAUAGGACCAGGAAAAAAAAAAAACCACAAAACAUGCACAGCACGGUCACCAUCACCAUCAAAUAUCCAACCUCUUAACAGAUUCAAAGCAGUCUACUCUAAGUGAACAGAAUCACAGCAAGGACUGGCCUCCCAGCCAGAGAGGAUAAAAUCUGAGCUGAGGCCAAAGCCAGGAAACUACUUACCAGUUAACCUCAGGCCUGACACUAAGGAGUUGCCCUCCCUUCCCCACCAUGGAGAAACUAAGCCUACAGCCUUUUGAAAUAAUGAAAUGAACUUCCCUCUUUUGUGCUCUAGCUGCCUGCAGGCAUAACUGCCACAAAUCGUCUUCCAUCAUUUCUUUAUUUGUCAUUUAUUGACUUUGAAAAGAACAUCAAUAACCACACACAGGAACUUCCCCUCUGGCAAAAGAAACAGUUCUAGUGAAGUAAUUCAUGCACACCUCUGGAUAGAUACCAAAAAUAACAGCUAGCAGUGGAUGACUGCAUGGGAAAUCAUCUUAGGGGGAGGGCACCCAGUCUUGGUGGGGACUAUGCACUCAUUUAACAGCUAAGUGACAGGACACCUCAGAGGACCCCAUCAGUGCAUCUCUUCUUAACCCAGGGAUCCUGGAGAAAAGGGAGUCAGGUAAAUUAGGAGCAGACCCUGACAGAGGUAGGAACUUCUGGUCUGAAAAGAAAAGAAAAAAAUGUCUU